AUGUACACGACACCACCAAUCGAUGCAUCUCAAUCCAUAAUGAAAAAGGUCUUGAUAGCCAACAGAGGCGAGAUCGCGGUGCGCAUCUUGCAAGCUGCCCGCGAGCUUUCACCCCCCAUCCACACAGUCGCCCUAUCGACCCCAAACGACACAUCGCACUGUCUCCUCAGCCACCCCGACCAGACUAUCUCGCUGCCCUCUGCAGCCUCCUACCUCGACAUAUCCCUGCUUGUAAAAGUCUGUCAGGAACAUGCCAUCGACACUGUCCACCCAGGCUACGGCUUCCUCAGCGAAUCCGCCGAGUUUGCCCGCCGCAUGCACCAGAUUGGGGUGACUGUCAUCGGGCCGGGGGCCGACAUCCUCGAGCAAACCGGCGAUAAAUUGCAAGCCAAAGCGCUCGCUGCAUCCUGCGGGGUACCAGUCCUCCCAUCUCAUUCCGCGCAAUCUUUGGAUGAGAUCCGCGCGUUCGUCGAGAGAGUCGGGUACCCCGUUAUGAUCAAAGCAGUCGACGGGGGCGGCGGACGGGGCAUCCGGCUGAUCCACCAGCACCAAGCAUCCGAGCUGGCGAACCUGGUGGCCAGAGCCCGGAACGAAUCCCCCUCGCAGACCGUCUUCGUUGAAAAGGCCGCCGUGGACGGCUUCCACCACGUCGAGGUGCAGGUCCUCGGCGACGGGACAGGGACUGUCCACCACCUGCACGAACGAGACUGCAGCGUGCAGCGGCGGUUCCAGAAGAUUGUCGAGUGUGCUCCGUCCCUUCUGGACCGGUCGAUCAUAGAGAAAGUAAUCGAGGCGGCGCUGCGCAUCGCCCUCACCAUCCGAUACCGAUCACUCGGCACGUUCGAGUUCCUCGUCAGCGAGACCACGCCCGAAUUCUACUUCCUCGAAAUCAACCCCCGGCUGCAGGUGGAGCAUACCAUCACCGAGGCCGUAACGGGAGUGGAUCUCGUGCAGGCGCAGCUGCGGUUGGCGCGAGGAGAACCUCUCCAGAAAAUCCUGACGGAGUCUAUGUCGAGACCCUCAGCACGAUCCAUCCAGCUCCGUCUCUGCGCCGAAGACCCCAGCGCCAACUUCGCGCUGAGCAUCGGCAAAAUCACCGACUUCUUCGUGCCCCAUGGCCACGGCGUCCGCGUCGACACGCACCUGGCACCUCCAGUAACUGUAGCCUCGGACUUUGACAACCUGCUGGCAAAAAUCAUCGUCACAGCCUCGAGCUGGGAGUCCGUCGUGCGCAAGGCGCGGCGCGUGCUGAGCGACACCCGCGUCGAAGGCGUCAAAACGAACCUCCCCCUCCUGCGGGGGAUUGUCGCAACCGAGGACUUUUUAGCGGGGAGGACCGACACGCAGUGGCUGGAGAGGAAUCUGCCGUCUGUCCUGGGGACAGGCGAACAUAUCUCUGCGUCGCUUGUCUCGUCGAACCAGCCAGCGAAACCGGCGUUGCAGCUGCCAACAUCCUCGCUCCUCUUCCGCCGCGGCGACGCAUGGAGCAUCUCCUUGUCCCCACUAACGUCAACCCCAACCUCGCAAGACACCGAAACCCGACACCACCUGCGUCUCUCCCGCGUACUUCGCAAUGACUUCCCCUCCUCCCUAACGGCCGAGAUAGAGUACACCACGCCCGCGGCGUCCAUCCCGUACAAACUGCACCUCGCAGCCACAGGCGCAAACACCGCAGCAAGCGCCCUCGUCUCGGGCCAUCGUCGCGGCGACCCGUCCAAUCCGCGGCAUAUCGUGCUGCCGCUGUCUGGGAAAUUGAUCGAGUUGCUGGUGAGGCCUGGCCAGGCUAUUGCCAAGGACCAGGUUGUUGCGUUUGUCAAGCAGAUGAAGAUGGAGCUGGAGGUGCGGAGUCCGCGCGCGGGACGCGCAAAGUGGGUGUUUGAGGUUCAGGAUGGGGAGGAGGAUGUAGUCGAAGGGAUGUUGCUUGUUGAACUUGAAUUUGAUUCUGUCUCAGUAUCUGUUCCUGAGAAGGGGAAGCUCUGA